AUGCUUGCCCGACGCGCUUUUGCGACUGCCUCGCGUAGUUCAUUAAAGAUUGGGCUUAUUCCUGCCGAUGGAAUUGGCAGAGAGGUCAUCCCAGCUGCUCGUCAGGCCAUCGAGGCCCUCGGCUCGUCAAUCCCGAAACCAGAAUUCAUCGACUUGGACGCUGGCUUUGAAUACUUUCAGAAACAUGGAAAAGCUCUACCAGAAGAGACACUUCAAAAGCUGAAAAACGAAUGUGACUGCGCCAUGUUUGGAUUGAGCAAUCUACAUAGUUCGCCAUCGACCAAGGUUGCUGGCUAUUCGUCGCCAAUCGUCGCUCUUCGUAAAGCCAUGGACUUGUAUGCAAACAUCAGACCAGUAGUCGGAGUCUCGGCCUCUGGCAAACCAAGCGUCGAUCUCGUCGUGGUCAGAGAGAAUACGGAAUGCCUGUAUGUCAAGCAAGAAACUCUGGACAAGAACGAAAAAGGCGAGCAAGUCGCCAAAGCCACUCGGGUAAUUACCGAGCGAGCCUCGCGGCGUAUCGGCCAAAUGGCAUUCAAACUCGCAGCAGAGCGACCAAGAAAGGCAUGUAAACUAGUAUUCUUAAUCGUCCAACAUCUGAAACAGCCCCAGCACUUGACCAUUAUCCACAAAUCCAACGUCCUCUCCAUCACCGACGGGCUCUUCCGUGAAUCCGUCCGAGCCGUUGCCAAAGAGUGGCCAGACAUCACCAUCGCCGAACAACUCGUCGAUAGCGCCGUCUACAAACUGUUCCGAGAGCCAAAUGUGUUCGACGUCAUGGUCGCACCAAACCUCUACGGAGACAUUCUUUCCGACGCGGCAGCCGCCCUCGUCGGAUCCCUAGGCGUCGUCCCCUCCAUCAAUGCCGGCGACGAUUUCGUAAUCGGAGAACCCGUUCACGGAUCAGCCCCCGAUAUUGCUGGCCAACACAAGGCCAACCCCGUGGCGUCGAUACGAUCAGCCGCAAUGAUGUUGCGACACCUCGGAUACGGAGACGCUGCUUCUCGCAUCGAAAAGGCUGUAGACACCGUCCUCGUAGAGGGACACGUACUCACGCCAGACUUGGGUGGCAAGGCGACUACAGAACAGGUCACACAAGCCAUUCUAAAACUCAUCUAA